CGUGCAUAUCGUUGAUCCUUUUAGGACAGGAUAUUUUUUAUUUUCAGUAGUUAAUUACGUUAACAAACAUUCAUUUAUUUAUUGUAUUUAUAUUUAAAAAAAAAUCCUUCACUAUGGAUCUAAUGUUUUAAAGACUAUGCUAUGUAAAUGUAAGAAGUGUAAAGAACUCGGUCAGCUGUAUUGGUACGCUGUUAUAUCUUGCAGAAUCAUGGAGGUAUCCCACUCCCUUACCCUGAAUGAAACGGCACUGCAGCAGCUGCCUGAUGACAAGAAGCCACAUUUCAUCUUUGAAUGGCUUCGAUUCCUUGACAAAGUCCUUGUGGCAGCUCAUAAGUCUGACAUCAAGAGCUGUCAACAAAAGCUGGUAGCACAACUAGUGAAUCUCCUCCGAGAAAACCUGGGUUCCCCGGCUCGACGGCUGCUUGCUCGCUGUCUGGCCACACUUUUCUCUGUUGGAGACACCUUCUUACUGUUUGAUACUGUCAACAAAUGCAAUGAUAUCAUUAAAGUUAAAGAUGACUCACCUUCUUACUUGCCAACAAGACUAGCUGCAAUAUGCUGCUUAGGUGGGAUGUAUGAGAAGCUCGGCCGAAUGAUGGGGCGUUCGUACGAGGAAACAGUGACAACCUUAGUCAGGUCACUGAAGAGCGCCGAGUCGCAGACAAGACUGGAAAUAAUGAACACAUUGGAAAAGAUUUGUGUCGGCAUGGGCCUAGCCGCGCCCGGGGCCUUGCGCGAGGUGUCCCGAGCCGCGCGCGCAGCGUUGCUGUCAGACCGCGCGCCCGCCGUCCGCGCUGCGGCGGCAAAUGCACUACGACAUAUGCUGCCACUCAUGAAGCUGACUGCAGCAGACUUAGAUGCCAUAGCCGCGGCUUGCUUGAGGGCUGCGCAGCCGACUGACUACACGUUGAGAUGUGCGGUAUCAGAGCUACUGGGCGCUCUAAUAGCGGCGACGCAAGCAGGCGAAACGUCUAAUUUGAACAGCAAGCUCAAAGUGGGUGCACAAGCGGUGCAACAGAGCAAAAAGGACCUACCGAAGAACGUGGUAUCGUUAGACGAAGCGCUGAACCUCCUGAUGGGUGCUUUCUUAAGGGGCGGCACCUCUUUCCUGAAGGGCGAGCUUAUCAAGUCAGGCUCAGGUGUUAGCCGGGAGGUCCGCGUCUGCGUUACUCAUGCGUACGUGAUAUUCGUCCAGAACAUGGGCGGUGUAUGGUUAGAGCGUAGCCUGACGACUUUCCUCACUCACGUGUUGGAUUUGGUGGCCAACCCUAAAGCCGCUAGCUCCCACGUCGACGCUGUUUAUUCCAGGAAAUGUAUAAACUACAUUCUACGCAACACGCUCGGUAAGAUGUUGGGCGAGAAAGCGCAGGCUUCGGCGUGCCGCGAGAUCAUCCAGAUCGUCAUUAAACAGAUGAACAGCAUCGACUUCAACCCGGAGAACGCCAAGGAUUGUAAUCAGGAGACACUGUUCAGUCAACAUCUGCUGGUAUGCGCGUUAAUGGAAGCGGGUGAGCUCACGCUGCAACUCGGUACUUCAGUGCAAAACCUCGUGUCUGAUACCUCGCUGAAUAUGAUCGACGCCAUAUUCGCGGUACUGGAGCACCCUUGCGUAGCGGCCCGCUUGGCCGGUGCGUGGUGCGUGCGGUGCGUGUGCGUGGCGCUGCCGUCGCAGAUCACGCCGCUGCUGGACAAGUGCGUGGACGCGCUGGACGCGCCGCGCUCGUCGCCCACGCCGCAUCACAUCUCAGGAUAUUCAGCAGCCCUAGCAGCAGUGCUGGGCUCAGUCCGUCUCUCCCCUCUCGGCGUGCCGCACGGCCGAGGCAAAGUAGCCUUUAACGCGGCUGAACAGUUACUAAGAUCGGCCGGGCAAAGCAGCCGACUGACGGCUGCCAGGACUAAUGCUGGAUGGCUUAUCGUUGGAGCUAUUUGCACAUUAGGUGUUCCCGUGGUGCGCGGACUGUUACCGCGAAUGCUGUUGUUAUGGAGGAACAGUUUCCCGAGAUCCGCCAAGGAGAUGGAGUCGGAGAAAGCCAGAGGCGAUGCAUUCACCUGGCAGGUGACAUUGGAAGGACGCGCCGGAGCGUUGUCGGCGCUCCACAGCCUGUUAAUUCACUGUCCAUCGCUGGUCAACAACGACGAUACCGCCAAACGGUUGACGCAGCCCAUAGAUGGAGCGAUCGCGGUCCUUACCAAUGUUGGCGGUGUACUCCGCAACUACGGCGGUUCUCUGAAAGCACCGGCAGCGCUACUGAGGCUCCGCCUGUACCAGGCCUGCGCGGCGCUCGGGCCGGGCUCGCAGCCCGCGGCGCCGCUGCUGCGGCUGCUGGCGGGCGAGCUGGCCGGCACGCCGGACCCGACCACCGCCAACCUCGCCACAGGUAUGCUGCGAAGCGCUAUGCAUCCCCACGAUACGAUUUUGCUGGGAGACGAAGGCUGGAUCUACGACACAGAUCAUGCUGAAAUUGAAGAACAGCUGAUAUCGCCGCUCAGCGCUAGUGGGUCGGGAGCCCUAGAGCACGAUCCCUGCUGCUUGUAUCGCGGUGGGGCGGCCGCGCAGCCGCUAGGCGUCGCGGUCAUCGACGCCUGUGUCGCACUCUUCCCGCACACGUUCGCCAGGGCUGCCAUUAAACAUAGGCAACAAAUGCUAGAACACUUCACGGAGUGCAUCAAGAUGUCCAAGGGCACACGCCAGGAGGCCAUACAAGUGAACGUUUACACCGCGUUGCUACUGGCGCUGAGGACGCUCGCCGAGCAGAAGAGCUCGCUCGGACAGGAUGCCGUUAAGACGGCUGCUACUGAACUUAUUAUUUCGGGCCUAUCGUCGGCCAGCAUUCCGGUCCGCGCGGCGGCGGCGUCCUGCACCGGCCGUCUCUGCGGCUGCGUCACCGAAGCCGAGAGCCAAGCGAUCAGCGAGCGAGUGCUGGCCCUGACUCGCUCCACCGUGCGGACCACCAGAGCCGCGGCCGCAGCGGCCGUGGGAGCCGUGCAGAGGGCGCGGGGAGGCAGUUCAGCGGCCGCGUUGCCGGCGUUGAGGGCCAUGGCGCAGGACGCGAGCGGACAGGACGCCCAGGUAUGGGCUCUCCACGCGCUCUCCGUGCUAGCCGAUGCCUCCGGACCAAUGUUCCGCAGCCACGUAGAGUCCACCCUCAACGUGGCCUUGAAACUGCUCUUCACGGCGCCGCCCUUCCAAGAGGAUUUGCAUCGCGGCGUCGGAAGAUUGCUGUCUGCGCUGAUCACUGUUGUUGGGCCCGAGUUGCAAGGCAGCGCCGGAGCAACCGUGGGCCGCUUCCUGUGCGCAUGCGCGGCGCUCAGCGAGUGCGGCGGCGGCGGCGCGCGCGCAGAGGGCAUCGGCUGCCUGCAGCAGCUGCAGAUGUUCUCCCCGCGCCACGUCAGCGCGCACAUGCUCGUGCCCUCGCUCGCCCGGGACCUGUCAAGCUCGGAGCUGGCGGUGCGCCGCGCCGCGCUCUGCUGCCUGCGCCAACUGUCGCAGAAGGAGGCCGCAGAAGUAUGCCGGUACGCGCUGCUCGCCAAGGACCACGUGCCCGCCCGCCCUUACUGUGGCGUGGUGAUCACCGAGACGGGCCUCCCUGGCGCCCUGUUCGCGUUCCUGGACACGGAGCGCGACUCGACGGCGCAGUCGUACGCGCGCGACACGCUCACGUGCUGCCUGCUGGCCGCCGCCGCCGCGCGCGCCGUGCGCGACUGGCUGGCGCUCGCCAAGCGCGUGCUCACCGUGCGACUAGAGGACAGUAACAACCCUGACACGGAUUUCGACGGCGAGGGCGACGAUGAUCAAGUGGAAUUCCACGCGGACACGGACGAGUCGACGCAUCCUGCAGUCCAGUCAAGGUGGCCCACUAGAGUUUUCGCAAUGGAAUGCAUCCAGAAAAUUAUGGGUGCAUGUGAAGCGACAGGCGAUCCAGCGCACUUUGACCUAGUCAAGGCUAAGGAGAAGCAACUGACUGAUCCUGACAGUGAUUACUUAUCGCUGCACCUGUCCGACCUGGUGCGCAUGGCGUUCGUGGGCGCGACGGGCGAGGCGGACGCGCUGCGCCUGCGCGGGCUGGGCACGCUGCAGCUCAUCGUGCGCCAGUUCGCGCGCGCGCCCGAGCCCGACUUCCCGGGACAUCUGCUGUUGGAGCAAUAUCAGGCGCAGGUUGGAGCGGCGCUAAGACCGGCAUUCUCCGGUGACACGGCGUCUCAUGUGACCGCCGCGGCGUGCGACGUGUGCUCCGCUUGGAUCGGCUGCGGCGUCGCUAGGGACAUCAACGACUUGAGAAGGGUGCACCAGUUACUCGUCUCGAGUUUGGACAAGUUAAACACAAAGGGCAACACUACACUCAUCUACAAUGAAAGUAUGGCUACACUUGAAAAAUUAUCCAUCUUGAAAGCCUGGGCCGAGGUGUACAUAGUUGCAAUGGUAAGCAACGGCAGCGCGCCCGGCAGCUAUAUCAAGCAACUCGACAGUAAACCGAUAAACAAUCGCGCCGAAAUCGCAAAAUGGCGGAACCAGCUCCUGCGCACCAACAGCCAAGUCGAAGACGUGACCCCUGAGAAUGACGACGAUUACGGCGACUUCGAGUCUAAAGGCGAGAGCUUGUUGAAGUUGGUUGAGCCUGAACUGGAGAGCUUGGGCGAGAAUUGGAUCGCGGCGUUGAAGGAUCACGCGCUGUUGAGUUUGCCGCCAGAGUUCGCAUCCCAACUGCCGCACGGCGGCGGCGCGUUCUACUCGGCCGAGACGGCGGAGGCGUCCCGCGCGCACUACGCCCAGGCCUGGCCUUCUCUGCUCUACGCCGCCGCCUUGAGAUACAACGCUAACGUCGACAAACCUGUUCCCACUGUCGAUAAAUCUGAAAAUACAUUAGACAAUAGGCCAAAUAAGACUGAAAACGGAAACUUCGAGUUCUUCAAACCCGUUGAUGAGAGAUUCCAUUUACUAUUUGGAAUAUGCAUGGAAGCCCUAUGCGCCCAAAGGGACAUGACCGUCGACAACACUAUCACUGUCCUGCUCUCGAUAGUCACUCUUUUGGACGCGCCAGGAAACAGGGCGAGGCUGCUGAAGGACAGGGCAUUGGCAAUAGAGUUGUGUCAAAUAGUGCACCGCACGGGGCUGACGCUGGAGAGCGUAGAAGCACUGCUCCUUGUGGCUGACGUGCUGAAACUCAUCAUCACCGGCGCUCGAGAGCAGUUGCAGUUCAACAUGCAGGCCAAGAUCAAAGAAUUAGCACCAGACGAGCCAUCAAACAACAUUCCCGAAUCAGUCCUAGAAGUGGUCCACACGCUGGGCGAAGGCGGCCCCACGGGCGACCUGCCCCCCGGCAAGUCCCUCGUGUUCGCCUGCCUCGAGGUGUGCGUGUGCCUCGCCGUGCGCCGUCUGCCCGGCCUCAGCCCGAGGAAGCAGGAGGGCGCUGUCGGCGUUAUAGGCGUGCCGAGGGGGUUGGGCGUACAUGGGGACGCGUUGUUGGUCAGCACGUUGGCUGCUAUGGGGGAGUUGACAUCGUUAACUAGCCCGCAAGGCGCUCUAUCCCUCCUCCCGACGAUACUGUACCUGGCGCUGGGCGUGCUGGGCGAGUGCGCGGAGGCGACGCUGGCCGAGGCGGCCGUGCUGCUGCUGCAGCAAGCCUGCGCCGCGCGCGCGCCGCGCCUGCUGCCGCACACGCGCGCCCGGCACGAGCGCCUGCUGCACUCCACGCUCGCCAAGCUGCUCGAGAAGGUCAAGAGCGACGAAGUCGGACAGCGCAUCGACCCAGUGAUUGGUGCGCGAGCUAUGGCGGUGCUGCUGAAUCAUUCGGAGCCCACGCCUGCCCUGCACUACCCCUGCAUUAACCACUUCCGGCAGUGCCUCGAGACCAGAGACAAUGAGGUGUUCGCGCAGUGUUGCGGUGUGAUCCGCACCGUGUGGUCGCAGGCGUCGCCCUCGUGCGUGUCGUGGUGGGCGCGCGCGCUGGCCGCCCGCGUGGUGGCGCGCGCGGCCGCGGCGAGGAGACCCACCGACAUGACGCACACCAGGGCCGCCAUAGCCGCUAUCACUGCGCUGGACGAUCUGCUUAAUGCUGCCCCCGAACAUGCCCGCAUCCAUCUGCUGUGGCUGGUGGUGCCCAUAGUGAUCUCGUACCUGCGCCCGGGCGGCUCGCCGGGCCGCGCGCCGCCGCCGCCGCCGCCGCCGCCCGAGCGCGCGCUGCACGACUUCGCGCUCGCCUGGCUCACGCGCCAGGGGCCCAAGCAUCCGCAGGAAUUCAAGACGAUGAUGUCCCAGUCGGCGGAGCUGCGUAGCAAGCUGGAGACGGCCGUGAAGGGCAGCCAGGCCGGCGCGCGCCGUGCGCAGCCGCGCCCAGUGUUCGCGCCCCGCCCCGCCAGGCCCACCAUACAGCUCAAGACCGACUUCAGCGACUUCAGAUAACUGCGCCCUCACCACAAUACAAGACGAUCAUGUGCCAGUCGGCGGAGCUGCGUAGCAAGCUGGAGACGGCCGUGAAGGGCAGCCAGGCCGGCGCGCGCCGUGCGCAGCCGCGCCCAGUGUUCGCGCCCCGCCCCGCCAGGCCCACCAUACAGCUCAAGACCGACUUCAGCGACUUCAGAUAACUGCGCCCUCACCACAAUACAAGACGAUCAUGUGCCAGUCGGCGGAGCUGCGUAGCAAGCUGGAGACGGCCGUGAAGGGCAGCCAGGCCGGCGCGCGCCGUGCGCAGCCGCGCCCAGUGUUCGCGCCCCGCCCCGCCAGGCCCACCAUACAGCUCAAGACCGACUUCAGCGACUUCAGAUAACUGCGCCCUCACCACAAUACAAGACGAUCAUGUGCCAGUCGGCGGAGCUGCGUAGCAAGCUGGAGACGGCCGUGAAGGGCAGCCAGGCCGGCGCGCGCCGCGCGCAGCCGCGCCCAGUGUUCGCGCCCCGCCCCGCCAGGCCCACCAUACAGCUCAAGACCGACUUCAGCGACUUCAGAUAACUGCGCCCUCACCACAAUACAAGACGAUCAUGUGCCAGUCGGCGGAGCUGCGUAGCAAGCUGGAGACGGCCGUGAAGGGCAGCCAGGCCGGCGCGCGCCGCGCGCAGCCGCGCCCAGUGUUCGCGCCCCGCCCCGCCAGGCCCACCAUACAGCUCAAGACCGACUUCAGCGACUUCAGAUAACUGCGCCCUCACCACAAUACAAGACGAUCAUGUGCCAGUCGGCGGAGCUGCGUAGCAAGCUGGAGACGGCCGUGAAGGGCAGCCAGGCCGGCGCGCGCCGUGCGCAGCCGCGCCCAGUGUUCGCGCCCCGCCCCGCCAGGCCCACCAUACAGCUCAAGACCGACUUCAGCGACUUCAGAUAACUGCGCCCUCACCACAAUACAAGACGAUCAUGUGCCAGUCGGCGGAGCUGCGUAGCAAGCUGGAGACGGCCGUGAAGGGCAGCCAGGCCGGCGCGCGCCGCGCGCAGCCGCGCCCAGUGUUCGCGCCCCGCCCCGCCAGGCCCACCAUACAGCUCAAGACCGACUUCAGCGACUUCAGAUAACUGCGCCCUCACCACAAUACAAGACGAUCAUGUGCCAGUCGGCGGAGCUGCGUAGCAAGCUGGAGACGGCCGUGAAGGGCAGCCAGGCCGGCGCGCGCCGCGCGCAGCCGCGCCCAGUGUUCGCGCCCCGCCCCGCCAGGCCCACCAUACAGCUCAAGACCGACUUCAGCGACUUCAGAUAACUGCGCCCUCACCACAAUACAAGACGAUCAUGUGCCAGUCGGCGGAGCUGCGUAGCAAGCUGGAGACGGCCGUGAAGGGCAGCCAGGCCGGCGCGCGCCGUGCGCAGCCGCGCCCAGUGUUCGCGCCCCGCCCCGCCAGGCCCACCAUACAGCUCAAGACCGACUUCAGCGACUUCAGAUAACUGCGCCCUCACCACAAUACAAGACGAUCAUGUGCCAGUCGGCGGAGCUGCGUAGCAAGCUGGAGACGGCCGUGAAGGGCAGCCAGGCCGGCGCGCGCCGCGCGCAGCCGCGCCCAGUGUUCGCGCCCCGCCCCGCCAGGCCCACCAUACAGCUCAAGACCGACUUCAGCGACUUCAGAUAACUGCGCCCUCACCACAAUACAAGACGAUCAUGUGCCAGUCGGCGGAGCUGCGUAGCAAGCUGGACCCGGCCGUGAACUAAUCGUGUUAGAUAACUGCGCUGCGCCGCACCCUCACAAUACAAAACUACCACAUUAUGUACUCUUAGUUAACUACCUAUUGGAAGAGAAGUAGUAGUCCCUCGAUUUCUGUUAUGCGUAUCUAGCAGCAAUGAAACAAGUAAUAAGGCCCAACGCGUCACUAGUUAGAGGUAAAGCAGCGUCUUAAAGUAAACGAUUAUAACUUGAACUAAUAAUCACAGUUAAGAAAAAUUUAACAGUUAAUUAAAUUGAGUAUAUAACUUGAAAUAACUUGGAGUAUUAAGGAAUUUAAUUUAUAGGUGUAAUAUGACGAAAACAUAUGGAUAGUUUGAGGGUUUCUGACUUAAUUGUUCGUAGAUAUAAGAAAAGGACCAGUGGUUAUUGUAGUGAGGUUAUCAAAAGUUAGUUAUAGCAGGACUGGGUUAAAUAAAAAAUAAACCAUUACACAGACUGCUAUUACUUAACAAAUACUUGAAACCGCAAGUCAGGGUUUUAGAGACAAAUAUCUAGUGAUAUUUAAGCUAUCAAAAUUUAUAUAAAACAAUUACUACAAAUGUAAUUAUUUAUACCAAUCUCCUGCUUAGGGUCGGUUGCACCAAACCGUCUGUCACCGUUAAAGCGUUCGUUAAAUUAUAUUGUAUGACAAGUCUUCAUAGAUCUCUGCUGCCUGACGUUGAUCAGUCUGUUAACUGUGGUUGGUGCAACUGGCCCUUAAUAUUUAUAAUUUUACGUAAAAAUAAACAACUAGGUAUUAGAUUGUUUAAGCACAAUGACUAUUAUAAAUAGACUGAGAGUAGAACAAUGAUGGAAGGACAGUUAGUGUCAAAUUGUUUCUAGAUAACUAUUGAGAUCGUUUGCAUCAUUGUUCUGAUUCUGGAUGUGGCAUUAGUAUCAUAUUUAAUUGUAAGUAAAAUUGAGGCUAGCAAUACUAAUUGUAAUUGGCAUACAUUAACAUUUAAAAAAAGGAACAAAAAUACUUGAGUGACGGACAAUAUCAUUUAUAUUUAAAGUAAACAUUCCAAACACAUCAAGCCUUCGUUUAAGAUUUAAAUAAUAUUACUAAGACCGCAACUAUUAACGACUAUUUAAAGUAAUAACUUCCUUUACUUCCUUAUAUAAAUAUAACAGUAUAUUCUGGUCCGUUCUCAUCCAACACAGACAUGAUUCUUUCCUCUGUCACAGUCUCACAGUAGAUCAUGUAGGGUGGGGCAAAUAUAAAUACACCUAUAAAAUAUAUGCUUAAUUUAAAUGAUUGAUAUUAUAUAUUUUGAAUCUAAAUACUGCUUAGUGUCAAAAAUUAUAGCAAUUGUAGAUUAUAUUUAAUUGUUGAAAAUUUUAAGGAGUGUAUCGAAUGUUGAAUGUGAUGAAAAGUUUGAGAUACGUGUCGAUGUUCUAACUGACAAUAUUUAAUCAUUUUAUGUACUGACACAACAUCGACAUUUUAUUUUUACGUAAUAGGGGAAAACAGUAGGUAUAAUGAAAUUGGUUACGACAUUUUAAGGUUUGCAUGUAUUGCACGCUUAGUUCCUAGCUGAAAUGUCAUAAGAACUUAUAUUAAAGUAGAAAUGUACCUAAUAGGAAUAUUAUGCAAAACUCUACCUAGCACACGUGUCCAAUUUGUCCAAUGUACAUUGCGUGUCACUCUCUCAUUAGGCAACAUGUGAGACGCAAAUACACAUUGGACUAAGAUAUUGGACAGAUGGAAUACCAUCCUAAGUUAGAUUUUAGCCGUUAUUUUUUUAUUUUCCGUUUUGAAUUAAGCUGUUAACUGACAAGUGCACCAAAAAACUUCAAUAAAUUGUUACAGUAACUUGAAACUAAAGGGGCCCACUGACUAUAAGUCCGCUGGACGAUAUCGGCCCGUCAGUUAGAACAAAAAUUUGACAGUUCCGAACAACUGACAGGCCGAUAUCGUCCGGCGGACUGAUCAGUGGGCCCCUUUAGUACAGUUUCCAUGGCCGCUCAUUGCCCUUUGUAAUAAAAGUUCUCAAGAGUUUCAGCAAUUAGUGUGCUAAUAUGGUAGAAAUUAACAAAAUAAUCAAAAUAAAUUGCCGUGUUAAAUAAUGAAAUUCUGAUUGCCAAAUUUUUGUACGAAAUAAUUUUCCAACUGUCUUUUAUUAUUCCCAAUAUUGAGUGACGAAUGCCAAUUCUCGUUAAUUUGUAUUGUGUAAGUUUCAUGUCUUAAUGGAAUUAUUUAUUUAUAGAUAUUUUCAGUCAGUAAAUUAUUUUAAGGCUUUUAUUUAAAUAUAUACCAUUUACCUUACAAAAACUAUUUUUAUUAUAC